AUGUCACUAUCUCCUCUGUCCAGUAGCUCCCAUGGCAAAACCCUUUUGUCCUUGAAGAGGCACAUCGCUGUACUGGAGGAGCUAAACGCUGAACUUCGCACACCUCCUAAAAGGAAGGAAUGCACCACCCUUGGCACUACUGACUGUUCUGAUGCUGAAGCCUUUGAGUCCUCAAAUGCGAUAGAAAAUCGAUGGUAUUGGUCCUACACGAAACUGGUGAUGUGGUGCCCUUUGGUGAAAAUGCUUAUGCAGUCCUCAGCUGAAAGUUCUGAACUGGCUGCCAUGUGCAACAAGCUUAAUUGGAGUGCUGAUGCAGCCAGAGGGGAUGACACCACCAGUCUCAAGUUUGCUGUUGCCUCUUGGUUAAUGCAGACCAGCCCAACUCUGAACCCCAUCAUUUCCAACUGA